CUUUAUUGUCAACACUCUUGGGUACUGCUAAGGGGAAGACACUGACAAAUCGAAGAAACUACAUCUUUUAAGCCUAACAGCAUUAGGACAAGCGAACUUCCUCUUAGAUAAGUAUUUUUCUUCCUGGCUGUCACCUUAUCUGUUCUGUCUUUUUUCCUAAAGGUUCCAGCUCACAUACCUCAGACCUUUUCUGUUUCUUUGAGCACACACUGUGUGAAUAUGAGGUGUGUCACAUAACUCUGGGAGAGUGUUAUGUGCAGACUGAGGAACGCUGCCUCCAUGGCUUGCUUACCUUUUUCCAGAAUGCCAUUAAUGCCGAAGUGGGACGAAGACUGAAACUUACAGAAUUAACUGAAUUGAUAGAAUUAAAUGAAUGGAAAAGGAAAUAGACAUCUAAUUUUUAUAUAAAACAGUGAGCCUCUAACAACCUCAAAUCACCAGCCAUGGCUUCCAACACUACCUUAAACCACACAAGCACUAACGAGUCAUUGACCAUAUCUUCAACCUCAGUUACUCGCAGUGUCACCACCACUACGAUCAGCACCACCACUGUAACUACCACCCCCUCCCACUUCAACUCCACCACUGCAGCCCCUGGCUUCUGGCCCUCGCUGCUAAACAAGAUCCCAUUGCCAAGAUGGGCCAUCUACGCUAUUAUCGCCCUCAUCCUCCUGGUGAUUUUAAUCUGCGUGCUGUGCUGCUGUGCAAAGUGCUGCUGCAAAGGGAAAAAGAAGAAGAAAAAGAAGCAAGAUCAGAGGAUCAGCCUGAAAGGGAUCAAUGGAACUACUACAACAGCACUGGUGCAGCCAGAUACAGGGGAUGUAGAGUAUGGAUCAGCUGAUCAGAGAAGAGGGAAGUUACUCUAUUCUCUAGAGUACAAUGCAGCACGCUCAGAGAUGGCUGUUGGGAUAAAGGAGGCUGCAGAGUUAAUGGCUAUGGACCAUGGAGGAACAUCUGAUCCAUAUGUAAAAGUUUACGUCCUGCCCAGCAAGUCUAAAACCUUUGAGACCAAAGUGUUCAGAAAAACUCUCAACCCUGUGUUUAAUGAAUCCUUUAAAUAUCAGAUAAGUCAGAAGGAGCUUGGUGAGUCCACCCUCGUGAUUCAAGUGUACGACUUCAAUAGAUUCUCCAAGCAUGAUGUGAUCGGUGAACUGAGGCUGGAACUUUCUGCUGUGGACUGGAAUCAUGUGAUAGAGGAGUGGCGAGACCUGAGCAAACCAUCAAAACAUGAGCAAGAGCACCUGGGUGAGAUCUGCUUCUCCCUGCGAUAUGUCCCAACUGCAAGCAAGCUCACUGUAGUGAUCCUGGAGGCCAAAAACCUUAAGAAAAUGGACCAUGGAGGAUAUUCAGAUCCGUAUGUUAAAGUCCAGUUGAUUCUGGACAAGAGGAAGUGGAAGAAAAAGAAGACAUCAGUGAAGAAGCAAACACUGAAUCCUUACUUCAAUGAGUCCUUUACUUUUGAUGUGUCUUUUGAACAAAUUCAGAAAGUGCAGUUGGUAAUCUCAGUGUGGGACCAUGACAAAAUGAGCAGGAACGAUGCCAUUGGGAAGAUUUUUCUGGGCUGCGAUGCUACAGGGAAUCAGCUGCGGCACUGGGCGGACAUGCUGUCAAACCCACGCAGGCCAGUGGCACAGUGGCAUACACUGCUCUCAGCUGAUCAAGUGGACUCAACACUGGCCUUAAAACACACCCUGAGAAUUCCAUUCACCAACAAAACUUUUUAAAAGUGCUGUAGAAACACUCCAGUACAUGUCCACAGUCUUCAUCAUGCUGUCUGGUGCUUUGGUGCAAAGUCAUUAAUGAUUUUAUUGAUUAUUGAUUACAAAAGUGCAAUACCAUUAUUAGACAUAUUAGAAGGAGUCGGAUUGCCGGAUUUUUUGUAUACUGUCAUUUAAAAAUAGACUCUGAAAAGGUCUAUGAAAAGCCAUAUCUAUGAAGACAUUUUUGUUAUACCUCAUUUAUACACUCUAUUUAACAGACAGUCAUUCCGAAAAGGCUCACUUCAGUUUUUGUUUCUCAUUCCUGAUUCUGUCCCUCUUCCUUACACAUUUAGUGCUUUCCCUUCAUCCAACACUCUUUUCUUUUCAUUAAGAACCCCUUUUAGAGUUGCAAUGAUUGUUUUAAAGCAAAAUUAGGAGUGCAGACCAGAGGGGUGCAAGGUCAGGAUUGAGAAACACUUCCUACCAGUAAUACUCACAAAGUGAGUUUACUCAAAUAAACCUAAAUGUUCACAUUAUCUAAUUAGCUGAAUGUUUUGUCAAAUAUUGAUAAAUAGACUUUUUCUGGAUGAUAGGAUGAUAGUUUUAUGUUUCACAAUGUUUUAGGGUAUAUAUUUUCUAGUGUACUCAAAAUGCACUUCCAGACUGAUUAUGUAUGUAACUACAGAUGAUGAACAGUUGAUGGUCUAAACAAUAAAUCUGUAAUUUUGUUUAAUCAUA